ACACAGGCUUCAUCGCUGUGGACGGGCAGCAGGUGGUUUAUCUUGUGUUUUUCCUCCUCUCUCGUGAAGGAUCCUUAACCUCUCCUCCUCCCACGCGGACCUCCCAGGCGCUCCGCUGCGCCGGAGGCUGCACGGACGCGCACAAGCUGCUUGAUAGUAAAAAACGGCAGAUACAGUGAGAGUGAAACUGAUGAGAGGAGAUACAGUGUGUGGGCAACAGCAGUUCAUUAUCAGCUGCGUGGUGGAGAGACAGGGAGAGAGAGCCACAUGACGGUGUGAGGAGCGUCUUGGACGGACAGAGCGUCUUCAGGAGGACAAGCAGCUGAAGGAGGAAGGAUCUGUCUCCUCAUGACGGCUUGACACAACUCAAGGCAGCGAACAGGUUUCCCACGAGACCUGCCUCCUGGACCAGGUGCUGGAGCUGAUUAUGAACGAGAAGCCCCCCACCAGUGCUAGUCUUUUCCUGAACGAGGACGCGGACAAACCCCCCCUGCCAGAGAGAGGAGACUUGAGGAGACGCAUACGCAGGGCCAUGGAGAAGAGAGCCAGCAGCAUGAAGGAGAGGAUGGGCUCCAUCAGUCGUGACAGCGUCAAAGGUUUCCUCAAGAGGAACCUGUUCGUUCUGUUCACUGUCGCCGCCGUGGCUGUGGGGGUAAUCCUGGGCUUUGCUCUACGCCCCCUCAACCUGUCCCUGAGGGAGAUCAAGUACUUUGCCUUUCCAGGGGAGCUGCUAAUGAGAAUGCUACAGAUGCUGGUGCUGCCUCUAAUCGUCUCUAGUCUGGUCACAGGUAUUUCCUCCUUGGACAGCAAAGCGUCAGGUAAGAUGGGUAUGCGCGCAGUGGUGUACUACAUGGUGACCACCCUGAUUGCCGUGUUCAUCGGCAUUGUCACGGUGAUAAUCAUCCGGCCGGGGAAAGGCAGCAGGGACAGUCCUGUGGCCAACAGCGGGAACAUAGAGCCGGUUCAAGCUACUGAUGCUUUCCUGGAUCUCAUCAGGAACAUGUUUCCUCCCAAUCUGGUAGAGGCUUGUUUCAAGCAGUAUAAAACUGUGUAUAAGAAGACUGUGCACAUAAGGAACGUGACAGUGGCCCUUAAUCUCACAGACUCUCUCAACGUGACAGAGUCUAACCUGAGCGUGAACCUCAGCAGGGUGCUGCACACCAUACAGGAGACAGUGGAGGAGACUGUCCCUGUGUCCGGCUCCUCCAACGGAGUGAACGCUCUGGGUUUGGUGGUUUUCUCCAUGUGCUUCGGUCUGGUCAUUGGCAACAUGAAGCAGCAGGGUCAGGCCCUCAGGGACUUCUUUGACUGCCUCAAUGAAGCCAUCAUGAGGCUGGUGUCCAUCAUCAUCUGGUAUGCUCCAGUUGGCAUCCUGUUCCUGAUUGCAGGGAAGAUUGUAGAAAUGAAGAACCUGGCAGAGGUGGGAGGCCAGCUGGGGAUGUACAUGGUGUCGGUCAUUGUGGGUCUCCUCAUCCACGGCCUCUUUGUCCUGCCGCUGCUUUACUUCAUGGUAACCAGGAGGAAUCCCUUCACCUUCAUCAGUGGCCUGCUGCAGGCGCUCAUCACUGCGCUGGGAACCUCAUCGAGCUCUGCCACCCUGCCCAUCACCUUCCGCUGCCUGGAGGAGAACAACCGUGUGGAUAAACGAGUGACACGUUUCGUCCUCCCUGUAGGUGCCACCAUCAACAUGGAUGGUACCGCCCUCUACGAGGCUGUGGCAGCCAUCUUUAUUGCUCAAGUCAAUGACAUGGACCUAAACUUUGGUCAGAUUCUCACCAUCAGUAUCACAGCAACUGCUGCCAGCAUCGGAGCAGCAGGCAUCCCUCAGGCUGGCCUGGUUACCAUGGUGAUCGUAUUGACAUCGGUGGGACUGCCCACAGAGGACAUUACACUGAUCAUCGCUGUGGAUUGGUUCUUGGACCGCUUGCGUACCACCACCAACGUGCUGGGUGACUCGCUCGGGGCUGGCAUUGUGGAAUACCUUUCUCGUGGAGAGCUGCAGAGUCAGGAUGCUGAGGUGCGCAACUCUGUAAUCGAGGAGAAUGAGAAGCCCUACCAGCUCAUCUGUCAGGAAAACGACACACACAACCACCGCAACAGUGAGACCACAAUGUGA